AUGGAGCCUCUGGAAUCAGUGACGUUUGAAGAUGUAGCAAUCAACUUCACCCAGGAAGAGUGGGCCCUGCUGGACACAUCCCAGAAAACCCUGUUCAGAAAUGUGAUGCUGGAAAAUAUCACCCACCUGGUCUCCGUAGGGUAUCAGAUCAGCAAAUCAGAUGUGAUUUUCCAGCUAGAACAAGGAAAAGAGCUGUGGAGUGAAGCAACAGGAUGCCUCCAAGGCCAGAGUCCAGAUGGUGAAAGUCCGCUUAGACAACAAGAAAUGAUAUUCAUGCAAAGUGUCUACAGGAAGCACAUAUCUGCCACCAUGCCAAUGGUUCCUCACAUGCAAGGGGAUCCUGUUGGAUGGACUGAUUUGAGUGAUGAACUUACUCCUAGAUCUUCACCUAAACAUUUAUCAAUUCACUUAAGGAGGAAACGUAAUGUCAGCAAACAGUGUGGAAAUUCACUUAGUCAAGGGUCAUUCCUUGAUGGACAGGAUCACAUUCACACUAGAGGUAAAUCAUGUGAAUGUCCUCUGUGUGGGAAAGCCUUUAGUAAUUCCUCUAGACUCAGAAGACACAAGAUGAUUCAUACUGGAGAGAAACCAUAUAAAUGUCAUCUCUGUGGAAGUGGCUUUUUGCAAAGUUCUGACCUUAGAAAUCACAAGCGGAUCCACACUGGAGAGAAACCAUAUAAAUGUCAUGUGUGUGGGAAAUUCUUCAGUCACAGUUCCUACCUGAAAGAACAUGAGAAAACUCACACAGGAGAGAAGCCAUAUAAAUGCCAUCUAUGUGAGAAAACUUUUAAUCAAAUCUCUUACCUUAGAAAACAUAAGAAAGUCCAUUCCAGAGAGAAGCACUAUGAAUGUCAUCAGUGUGGGAAAGCCUUUAGUCAGAACUCUGGACUUAGUCAGCACAAGAGAAUCCACACUGGAGAGAAACCACACGUAUGCCUUCUGUGUGGUAAGGCCUUCAGUCAGAGUUCUGAAUUGACUUGGCACAAAAGGACUCACACAGGAGAGAAACCCUAUAAAUGUCAGCAGUGUGGGAAUGCUUUCAGUCAAUAUGCAAAUCUGAGAAGACAUGAGAGAACCCACACUGGAGAGCAGCCCUAUGAAUGUCAGUGGUGUGGGAAAUGCUUCAGUCAGGGCUCUUCCCUUAGACGACAUAAGGGAACUUAUCACUGGAGAGAAAGUCAGGAGGGCCCUCAGUAG